UCUUCUUUCAUUGAAAAUAAGACGAUGAUUUCACCACCUAUAUGGCUGCAUCGUGCGACUCUUUCCCGCAUAACCAUACUAGAGAACAGAAAAUAUUAAGAAAAGUCAUUAACUGCCCAAGCAGAGAUCGGGGAAAGCUGCCUAACACCGUGAUAUCGUGUUAUCGUGUUUAAUCUUAUCAGCUGACUCAACGACCGUUGUAAGACCUAGCCUUGUAGGCGCAACAGUGUACAACGAAAUACUGUUUGUGAAGGGAGUAACAUCGUGUACAACUUGAAAUAUAACUUCUUAAGUGUUUCUAAGAUUUGCAAUCGAUUGUAGUCAUUUGCAGGCUGUUGUUAAAGGAAACUUGGUUUAACGAGUAGGAGAUCCUCAAGCAAUGCUGUGAGUCGCCAAGCUGACCUGUCGUCGCUGUUUCCGCAUCGACUCGUGCACGUGUUGAAAAGACGACCAUCAAGACUCCUAAUUAACAUUAAGACAGCUGAUUGAACAACAUGGAUGACCUUACUGAAGAGCUGAUAAGGGCCGCCCGCGAAGGAGACGCGCAGGGCGUCGAGGCGGCCCUCAAGGGAGGGGCGAACAUCGACUUCCUCGGCAAGGGUGGGUGGUCGGCUCUGCACCACGCCGCCUUCGAGGGUAACGUCGACAUGACACGCCUACUCAUCUCCUUUAACGCAGACGUGGGCGUGAGCAGCGGAAAGAAGUCGGAGGCAGGCGUAACCCCACUCCACUUGGCGGCCGAAGCUGGGUAUGACUUGGUGAUGGAAGCUCUUUUGGAAGCUGGAGCAGAUAUAACAGCGACUGACAGCAACGGGUUCCAGCCUGUUCACUGGGCGACAACGCAAGUGACCGCCUUGGCUGUGCUGCUGAACCAUGACUGCAACCUCUCCGCCCAAGCGCGCGAUCUCUCGACACCCUUGCAUCAUGCAGCCACCGAAGGUAAGCUGGACGUGGUCAAGUGGCUUGUCCAGAACGGAGCCGACAGCACCAUUAAGGACAAGGACGGCCGGCUGCCGGUGGACAGGGCAAAGAAGAAGAAGCACCGGGACGUGGCCGACUACCUUAAACGGGCGAAGCCCCGAGGCAAAUCGUCGUCGGUAUUCGGAACAAUGAGGAAAUCUUUCAGAAAACAGAAACACACCAAAGAAGACAGACGUUCUUCCGAACCCAAUCUCUCCAGGAAAUCUGCAUCGCAGCCAAAUCUUUUAUCAACAUCGAGCAAAGCCAAGAGCGCUGAAGAGCCACAUGAGAAACUCGUAUCAGACUCUCCAGAUUUUGUCCAAACCCAUCACCUGGAGGAGAGCAUUGAACACACGCAAGUGCAGAGUCGAUUGGAAGAUGAGCUCUAUCAGAAAGACGCUCUCAUCAGACAACUUCAGUCGGAGAAGGAGGCGAUUGAACAAGAUCUGUACCGGAAGAACAUAGCUCUUGCCCAAACACAGCAGAUGGAGGACAAAGUGAGAGACGCUCUUAUUGGCGUUCUUGGUCGACUUCGCAACGAGGAGGGAGACGGGCGGGAAGAACAGCCGAUGGUGCUGAACCUCGAGACGCAAGUGAAUGAGUUGGAACAGCACUUGGAGAGGCAGAGGCAGGAGUUGGCGAGCUACCAGGACGGAGCCAGACAGUAUGUGGAGGAGCUCGAAGCGAUGAAGAACCUGCACCAAGGAGAGAUGGUCAGCCUCAGCCGGCAGGUCGAGGAGCUGCAGUCCCAGCUGGAGUGGGAGCGCAAGGAGAGGGCGAGAGAGCAGGUCGAGUCCCAGCAACGCCUUGAGCCGAUGCAGUUCGAGGUCGAUAAUUUCAGGAGGACGAUGGUGGACCUCGAGGACCAGGUGAGGGAGCUUCAGCAGCAUCUGGAAGGGCAGCAGAGAGAACAUUCCAAGCUGCAGACGCUAGCGAACCAACGAAUUCAGUCGCUCCAGGGUGAAAACGACGAAUACAAGAAAACAGUGACGUCCCUGGAGGGGCAGGUGCGGGAGCUCCAAGGCCACCUGGAUGGGCAGCAGCGGGACCACUCGAGGGACCAGACGUCAUCCCACCAGCAGCUCCAGAGCCUCGAGAAGCAGAACGAACAGUACAAGCAAACCGUUGUGGAGCUCGAGCGAAAGGUCGAGGAACUGCAGCAAGACUUGGGCUUUCAGGAACGAGACCUCUCCAAGGAAUUAACUUUGGCCAAGCAAAGAGUCCAGUCGCUGGAGAUCCAGAACACCAAUUACAGAACGAUGGUGGGCAGACUUGAGGAGCGGGUGAAGCACCUUGAGGAACACCAGGAAAGACUACAUGCGGCAGCCAAAGACAAGGAGACAACACUGACUGACCAGCUUUCCGAUGUGAGGAAAGAGAAUGAUGAAAAAAGGUCCAUCAUUUCUGAUCUCGAGCAAGAAAUUAAUCAGCUGAAAUUCAAGAUUAACAUACAAGAAGAAAAAAAUAAGAAAAAGUUACACGAAACCCGGCUCGAGACGAACAAGACAGACGAUGCCAAAAACCACGAGAUCGCAGCUCUCAGGAAGGAAAAAGAAGAGCUCGAGAAGGUCAUCAGAGUUGGCCAGGGGGCUAAGGAGGAGCUGCAGAAUAAACUUCAGGAGUUACAGGAGAAAUGUAAGUCCAACGAAAGAGAAAUGCAAGCAGUUCAGCGGGAAAAGCAAGAACUUUUGCUGAAACUCCAGAAGAAUGAAGAAUCUAUACAAAAGAUGGAGGACAGGCUACUGCUGCUGACCAAGCAGAGGGAGACACUGCUCCGGGAGCGGGAGGAGGUAACACGCCAGCUUGAAGAGGCCAAGAAGGAUAAGGAAGAGGUCGCGAAGGAGAAAGAAAAGGUCAUAAAGGAAAGAGACGAAGUGACGAAGCAGAGAGAGGAGCUCAUGAGCGAACGUGAGCGGUUGUCCUUAAAGAGUGAUGUUUCUCAGACUAAAGAAGCCUCAGACGAAGAAAGCAACUUGAAGAAGCAGAAUGAAGACCUUCGGGGAAAGUUAAAAGUCGUGUCAGAAUUCUUCCAAAACAAGCAGACGCGCCUCCGAGAAAAAUGCGAAGAGAGGGAAGAGGAAGUCCGAAAAUUAGAAAAGGAAAUUGACGAACUAAGGAAUGCGCAAAAUUCUUCGAAUGACACUCAGAAAGAUGCUGCUGCGAUGGUCUCACAACUGCGAGACGAAGUUCAGCAUCUUAAUGAGCAUCUUUCCCUGUGCCAUAAGGAAUUGGAAGAAGCAAAGGCUAACCUUCAAGAGAGGGAGACUGCUUACAAGAAAGAAGAGAAAAUCAAGAGUGUUAUGAUUUCGAAGCUGGAGGAAGAGAAUGAGGAACUGGUGUUAAAACUCAAGGAAAAUGAGAAGGCGAUAAGCUUUCAGAAGGAACUGCGAGAAAAGGUCACCGAACUGAAGGCGAUGGAGAACCAGCUGAAAGAUAACGUGUCCACAAUGUCGACUCUACAACGCAAGAACGUACAGUUGACCAAAAUAAUCAAGACCUUGGAGGAAGAACAGCAAGCGAAAGAGAACGAAUAUCUGCAGAGGGAACAAACACACCAAGAACAGAUAACAGAUCUUGAACACAGAAUUAAGAAUCUGGACCAAAACCUGGCUGAGUGCAAAGCGACAGUUGACAAGUACGAGAAGGAAGAAAGAUACAAAGAACAGGCGCCAUCGCAAGCCAGCCAGCACACCAUCGCCAGCCUACAGGUCAUAGUGCAGGACUUGUCGAACAAACUCCGAAUCGCUGAUGAGAACCUUUUGCAAAAGCAACAAGAUGCAGAACACCAACAGAGGCUGAACGAGGAACGGGAACGCAACGUCAUCAGCCUUCAGUGUUCAGUCGAGGACCUUGCAGCCAAACUUCAGGAGGCAGAGACGAAAUGCAAGGAGAAAGCAGAUUCCCUUGAAGAAGUGAAGAGGAAGAACAACGCGAUAACAGAGGAAUUGAAAUCACUGCAGGGUCGCUGUGAACAAUUAACGAGAGAACUUCAUUCAAAACAAAAGCAACAAGAUGCAGAACACCAACAGAGGCUGAACGAGGAACGGGAACGCAACGUCAUCAGCCUUCAGUGUUCAGUCAAGGACCUUGCAGCCAAACUUCAGGAGGCAGAGACGAAGUUCAGAAACUGUAUGCUAGAGAAAAUGGAGACAGUGAAUGAAGUGGACAGAGUAAACAAGAAUAAGGCGGCAGAAAUAUUAGCUAUGCAGAAUAAAUGCGAAGAACUCACCAAGGAACUUGCUCAGGCGAAAAACAAACUCCAAGAGAAGGAGAAGAAACACAAAUCGCAAGAAGAAGCGAAGGAGAGAGUAAUAGCAAGACUCAGAGAAGAGACUAUGGUGCUGCUGAAGAAAAUGGGAGAGCAGGAGUCAGCCAUAAGGCAACAGGCUCCGGUGCACGUCGAGGAGUACAGAGAGGAAGUCGAAGAGGGGAUGUGGCGAGAGAGCGAGAGCGAGGACUAUGUAGGCGAACUCCUGACGAGUCCCCGCGGACGCCAGGGGAUCUCCGUCAGCACAAGCACCUGCGUCAGGAGUAGGGGCGUCGUCAGCACCUCUCAGAUAACGCGGACGACUUUGAACCCCCGCAGACGCUCCCCCUCCCCCUCCAACCACCACAGGGGAGAGGAGCAGAGACACAGAAGCAGGAGCGCGACGCCACCGAGGACUCCCCCCUGUGAGAGGCUAACCCAGACGAACUUUCACAGGGGGAGGAGCAGCAGCACGAGCGGCAGUUCCUCUUCCCGUCAGCAGAGCGAGGAACACACACGGAGGCCUAGUAGGAGCAUGUCCGUUCCUCGCCACAAGGUCGACACCCCAUUCGGUCCGCCAAGCAAUAGCUACAUCACGUCUGUAGCACAGUGCCUCUACAGUGUGGGGGCGCUGAGAAGCUUCUUCUGCACUGGCGCCUACAGAUGUGAUCUCAACACCUUAAGUAAACAGAAGGGCGAAACUGCCAUCGUUCUGGCAGAGUUUUUUAACGCUAUGGGCAGCGAGCAGAGCGUGGCCUCCGCAGCAGAGAAACUCAGGGCCGUGACCAAGAGGACCGAGGUGCAGAGCAGGCAGGCAGGAUCAGAGAGCCCCAUUGAAUUCCUCUCCUGUCUCGUCAACUGCUUACUGGAUGACCUAACGCCGAGCAGCUUCACGGAGGCGCCCCCAAGAUCUCCAGCCGAAGCCUUCAGCCUCUUCGUCGGCCAAAAAGACACCAAGGUUUACUGCGGCAAGAGGAGCGUCACCCUCAGCAGUAACGUGACGGAAUCCUUCAGAGAUUUGACAUUAACUGUGACCGCUACCCGGGCUUGGCUCCUCGAGGAGCUCUUCCAGCAGCACUUCCGCACUCAGAGCAUAGAGUGGCACUGCAGGCACUGCGAGAUCCGCCAUUCUUGCAUCUACGAGACAACGGCCGUGAAUUUGCCAAGAGUCCUGCUGCUAAACUUGAAUCGAGUGUACCAUGGAGGCGUAGACAAGACCCGUGUGGUUUUCCCGCCAGUGCUACAGUUACGGGGAAACAGUCCUUACAUGACGACGGCGAAGGGAGGAGCUGAGGCGUGUUAUUCCCUCCGAGGCGUCUGCAGCCGGAAGGACCCCAUGGACCCCACCCUCCCUUCCUCCUCCUUCGCGGCCGCCUGCAGGAGGUCGAACGGGAGGGGCUGGUUUAUUUACAGCGAGGUUGACGGGAGAGGAAGACCCACAACUAUAGAGAAGGUUCUUGAGGAAGAGAGGGACGCGGUCGUGCUUGUCUACGAGGAGGUUUCCGGAGAUUGGGGGAGUGGGGAGUGAGGAAUGGGAGGGGGAGCGAGGAAUAGGGUGGGGAAUAGGGAGUAGGGAGAAAAUUGGGAUAUGAGGAGUGGGAAGUAGGAUGAUGAAUGGGGAGAAAAUUGGGAUGUGAGGAGUGGGAAGUAGGAUGAUGAAAUAUGGAGGAUAAGGUUGGAAGAGUGGGUUUGGAGCGAGUGCGGCAAGAGGCAGGAGGUAUCUGACAUAUGUAAACACAUCUACAUGUCUAUCUGUCUAUCCCUAUAUCAAUCUAUCUGUCUAACUGUCUUUAAGUUUGUCUAUAUUCAUCUAUCUAUGAGUGUGCGUUUAUACGUAUAAAUGUUUAGUUGAGUAAGGGAAUAUAAAGCGCCGUUCUUGAUAUUAUAUUUAAACAACAACGCCUUAUUCAACUAACAGAAUAGGUAACUGCACCCAGUGGACCUGCCAUAUGGAAACCGUUUUGUAAACUGAAACCACAUCUCUAAGGAUACUACUAUAUGAUAAUCCCUUUGGAAUGUAUUCAUUAAAUCAUUUUCAAGCAUGAAUUAUAGUGAUUUUUCUAGAUAUGUGCCAAGAUAUAGUAAGAAAAUUCAAUGAACCAACAACCUAAAAUUGACUUACAGCCAAGAAUACCACAAUACGGUGGUGAAAACACGAAAAUCAUGGAGGCGAUGGUUUCAUUAGAGUAACUCACAACUAUAAAAGAAAAGAAAAUUUAUUGAAAAGAAAACAUGCAAAAAAAUUGUGUUUGCCCUCUGGUACACAAAAAGUAAGAGAACUUCCGUCCAGACGUGACUAAAAUAAUAAUAAUAACCACAAUCAGGAACGAAAGCACUGGUGGCAGGAGGUGAUAGGACAUUUGCUGGGGAAUAGGAACAGCUUCAGCAAGAGACGAAGUAUAAAUGGAACUGGUGCUGUGGCUUUGACCAAUGUUUCUCCCUUGUAUAAGACGGUGUUACACUCCUGAGGAUGCAGAGUCAUCAGCUGACUCGCCUUUCCUUUCAGUAGAAAUGCCGAUCGAAAUGGUAUACGUGGGGUACCAGAAGUUACAGGAUUAUAGAAUGGAAAGAAUACCUUUGGAUUUUCUCUCCUUUCCUCAAUAAUGCCCUGGGGUGUAAAUAUGUGGGGUGGGGGAGGGGGUUCCUUUAUCUGUUAAGGGUUCAACAGGGUUGGUAUUCUUGUUUUCUGUUAUCUUAGAAUUGUUACUGUUAUCGUCACCUUGAUAUCAGGUAUAUGGUGUGAUUAGUGCUCAGAAAUGACAGUUUCAAAUUAAUUUUGAGUGUAGCCAUCAUUAAUCAGUACAGGGUUUGCUUGCAAUACGCAUAAGUCUUGUUUAUGUUGCUGAAUACUUUUUUUUACGGAACAGUUUUGUGUUGGAUAAAACAUUCGUAAUUUGAAUCUUGAUUUUGUGGAUUGAAAUACAAGUUAUAAUCACAA